GGCUGCGUCACAUGUUUGCGCUUUUCUUGGCCAAAAACGAAAUGAAAAUUAUUCCCGCUGACAAUCGCACCGUCAUUCUGAUCGCACACGCCACGGCAUGACUGCCGAUCGUCAGGCCGCCUGGAACGUUCGGACAGUGAAGUAAAUGCGGCUUAAGUCGAGCUUCUCGCACACUGGCUGUAGGAUUUAAUAAAGGGGUUUGGCUGAAGGUGUCGAUGGUCAAUGUUGCAUUGGUUGGCAAGCAAAGCGUCCAUACUACCCGGUCACAUACUGUUCGCACUCCUGGUGGAGAAGAUAAUUGGAUUCAAUUUAUAAUUAUCACUUACACGGUCUCUAAGCCCUCCUUCGAGCUAUUUUAAAAUUAUGCGAACAUCCCGUGCAAUUUGGUUUAAGAUUUUUUUUAUGAGGAAUACGGUCAAUGUCCCGUUCAAUGAUUGAAUUAACUUUAAUAUUUAGCUUUCAUUUUCAAACACGUUCAUUCUUUAAAAACUAAUCAGCAUGUCCAGCAUGCGUUUGGCUCAUCUCUAGUGCUAAUCAAGUCAAAGGUGGUCCAUCCAGAGCUCUAAACCGUUCCACAACACAACCGAACGCACAACUGUUCGGGUGAAUUGGAUCAGCAUCAGGGUAUGGUCACGAGCAUCGACUCCGAUCGGGCCCCCAACAGUCGUUUCGCGGGAACUCACCGGCGUUUCACUGUAGCGCCACGAUCUGCAGUGCGUUCAUUCGCAUCUGCUCCACCGGGGAAAUGAAGAAGCGAAAAAGAGACCAAAACAGCGGUCGAAACACUGCCCGAGUCGGCGGAGGUUCGUUCAUGCACGAUCAAGUGCCAGCGGUUGGGCACAGUCUGCACGCAAGGCAGACUCGUGCGAUUGGCUGCGUACGGGUUUGAGUUCCACUCGGUGUCACAGUUCAGUUUUAGCUCGAUCCGGUGUGCGUUCGUUUCGUUUCGCGUCCUGACCGCGCUAGUGUCCGCGAGUGUCCGAAGACAGGCCGUACUUCCGACGGCCCGAAUCUUCUGUUUUGCUUAGAUUCCAUUUCAAUAGUGUUCCCAGUCCCAAGUGUCCCAGAUUUGUGUCAACACACUUUGUCUAUUAAAUUGGUAUUUUACGUGUUUAAGUGGAUUUCAAAAUCGCAAAAUUCUGUUUGUCUUGCUUUCGUAAAGGUUCGUCGCUUAAAACGAAUAUAUCGGUCAUUGAAAUCUUUUGUAUAAAAUUCUUCUCAUCUACAAAAUUGUUCCAUGUGACUCAUUUCUUACAUUUGUUUCUGAAUAAUAAAAGAAAGUGGUUAAGUUAAACACAGUGUUAAAGCUAGUAAAAAUGAUUAAAAUAGUUUUAUUUUAAAUUGAAUCCCUAGUUUUAUUGAUUUUCUUAACACAAAGUAAUCAGACCAAUUACAUCAGUUUUUUUUAAAUUAGGGGUCGUUUUCGUAGCCCUUAUGCACGAUGGAAGGGUCCCUUCCUCAUUCUCGUAGCCGUCCCACCACACCCGUGGCCACCGGUGAAAGCGAAAGUGUUCCGUCGGGUGCUAGCGGUUCACGAUCGCCCUCACCCCAGCCCGGCCAGAAGCAACCGAAAAAAGUGUCCUUUUCCGACGAGCUACCACAGCAAUCGUCCACGACCGUGGAAAAGAGUGUUACGAAUGAAAGUGAAAGUGGUCGUCCGCAUGAGGAAAAUCCGUUCAUAUUCGUUCUGCGCCAGAACGACAGUUAUCUGCAGGAUAUGCACAGUUCUGCCCAUACCUCGUCGGAUGGUAGCAUGUUUCCGAACGUGCGCCGCAGCUCGUUGCACUCGAACGAAAGUGAAACCGCUUCGUCGACGGGAAGCCGUGCAAGUACAGUGACGGCCGAUACCGGUGGUGACAGUGGAGCACAGCAGAAGAAAAACUCCACCGAGCUUGUACCGUUCGAUCCAAUCGCAGCGGGGUUGGUGAAUGGGUUGGGUGGUGACGGUGAUACAGUGCCACCGUCGGCACCCACCGAACCAAGAAAACCAUCCGUCAGCGCGAUGGAGCUGGAGGUGCGACGUGAUAAGCGCCGCUGGUUGCUGAUUUCCGAGCUCAGUGCGAUCCUCGGCGAAGACAAACACUCGAUCGACGGUUUCAAGCGCAUCUUCAGAGAACAGACAUUUCUGCAAAAUCUGUUCCGGCUGUUUGACAUGGACAACGAUAACUUCUUGGUGCAGGAUAAAUGGAUCGAACACCUCAAAGGUCGUCUGACCGAUGAGAAACAAAUCGACUUUGCAGAACAGUUGGAAUCGGUAGCUUACGUGCUGUGUGGAGAUGGAACGGUGACAUAUGAUAAGUUCUGCCAAAUAUGGCAUGCCAAAGGGAUUCUUGAUAAGCUCUACCGACUAAUCGACGUCGAUUCCACCAACCUUAUAUCGACCAAUCAAAUAAUGGAGUUCAUCUCGAACCUAACCAACUCACGCCCGAGAACCGGCUUCGACAAAUCUUCCCUGGAGCGACUGGAACAACUGUUCAUUAAAACAGUCGGCAACGAGAAGGAGAUUCGUCGGGAGGAGUUUAAGAAAAUUGUAACCUCCAAAAACCCAUUCUUCACCGAGCGUGUGUUCCAAAUCUUCGACAAGGACAACUCUGGUUCCAUCUCCCUGCAGGAAUUCAUCGAUGCCAUCCACCAGUUUGCCGGACAGUCGCCAGAGGACAAAAUUAAGUUCCUCUUCAAAGUGUAUGAUUUAGACGGUGACGGACUGAUUCAACACCGUGAGCUACAGCAUGUGAUGCGGGCGUGCAUGGAGGAAAAUGGAAUGCGUUUCUCCGAGGAUCAGAUUGAGGAUCUAACCAUGGCCAUGUUUGAGGAUGCGGACAAGUUUAAUCGUGGUGCCAUUACCUACGAGGCGCUAAAGAAUCAACUCGAAAAGCAUGGCGGUUUGUUGGAGAAUCUGAGCAUAAGUAUCGAUCGAUGGUUGGUCCCACUCCCACAAGACGACACGAAAAAGAAGCGCAAGAAAAAACCCUUGCCCCAUCAGCUGACGGCACCGUACAUCAAGAACAACUACGUGUAUCUAUCAUUUCUGACCAUUUUUACCCUGAUCAACGUGGGACUGUUUAUUUCGCGUGCCAUUCAGUACCGCAACAGCAAUGGAUUCGUCAUAAUAGCACGAGCAUGUGGGCAAUGUCUCAACUUUAACUGUGCCUUCAUUCUGGUGCUGAUGUUGCGUCAGUGCAUCACUUUUCUGAGGACGCGCGGAUUUACCGCCUUUCUGCCGCUCGAUCAACACAUCUAUCUGCACAAACUGACCGGUGUGCUGGUGGCCAGCUUUAGCCUUGUACACACCAUUAUGCACCUGUUUAACUUCACCACGAUCGUCGUGUACGAUCCGGUAAUCAACGCCAACAACUACACCACGGCCGAGUGGCUGUUUACGGCCCGGCCCGGUCUGUUCGGAUUGAUAGGAGGUUGUGCCAAUCCGACCGGUAUCGUCCUGGUGCUGAUCCUGCUGAUCAUGUUCAUCUGUUCGCAGCCGUUCGUGCGACGUGGUGGAAGCUUCGAAGUGUUCUAUUGGACACAUCUGCUAUACGUCCCGUUCUGGAUAUUGGUUCUUUUCCAUGGGCCCAACUUUUGGAAGUGGUUCAUCGUACCCGGUCUCAUCUAUCUGGUCGAACGCACAAUAAGAUUAGUCUGGAUGCGCACCGAACACGGCAAGACGUACAUUUCCUCCGGACUCCUGCUUCCGUCCAAGGUAACGCAUCUUGUGAUCAAGCGCCCGCUACACUUCUGCUUCCGACCUGGGGACUAUGUCUUUGUCAACAUUCCCGCGAUCGCCCAGUACGAGUGGCAUCCAUUCACGCUGAGCAGUGCACCGGAACAGGAAGACUACAUCUGGCUGCAUAUUCGUGGUGUCGGCGAGUGGACCAACCGGCUACACAACUUCUUCGAACGAGAACAGGAACGCUUACACAAUGGCGAAAUACCGGCACUAGUCGCCGGAAGUUCUGGAGCUGCAUCGGUGUCCGCUAUUGCUACUACCGCCACCGGUGGUACGGUUGAUGUGGUACAGGAGAAGCUAAAACCUACACCAGCGGGGACAAUUCACAAAAGUUCCAGUUUUGAAUCGGCUCUCAACAAAGCGAAAGCUGUACCUGGAGGAGCUAUACCUCGUGCCGGUGAUGCAACCACUCCGGCUGGUAUUAUGAAGCAGAGACAUCCACCAGGAACUUCGAAGCUUGCCAUGGAAGGGUACAGUGCGCCAUCCCCCAUCACGACCUCCACUGGACAACCCAAAUUCGAACGACAAAUGUCGGAGAAUCGAGCACUGAAAAAGAUACAGGCGACAUUGCAGCGAACCUUUUCUAGGCGCGAUCAGCUAAUUCCACGAUCGAGUGGAGUAGGCGGAGUGGGUGGAAUAUCGAACGAAGGUUUCUCCGGUGAUGGUGUCGAUGGUGGCUUAGACGGAACGGGUGGAUCCGAGUUGAAAGAUGCGAAGCGUAAAGUCACACCGGAACAAAGCCUGCACAAGUUGAUCUUCCAGCAGAAGGUCCCACUGGAGAAGUCACUCUCAAUGCCAGACAUGCAGAACAAGUUCAAGAAACGCGAGCGUAUGAUGGUACUUCGCGAGUACAUGCGCUCGGAAUCGGAACGCUCGUUCGAUGAAGUUCAAAUCCGCAAGGCUCGGCUUCAAUCGCUUGGAUUAGCCUAUCUGAGUCCACAGAAUAAAUCACUUGCGCAGAGCUUCCGCUACAUGCGCAACAAACCGACGAUCAUUGCGUUUAAGACUCCGAGUUUGGAAAACUGUGAGCCACGUGAUUCAACCAAUUCGAUCGUUGUUUCGCCCGGUGUGUUCACGCAAAAGGAUGCUGAAGAGGGUCGCACUGCAGGAGCCGCACCAUCGACAGGGACAUCCGUGGUUGCGGUAGUGCCAGGAUCUUCACAAGAUACAAUUGUAACGGCAAGUGCCGUUCCUGGAAACCGACCAGUCAACUAUCCCGUUGGUAAACCACUAGAAAUCUACAUUGAUGGCCCGUACGGGGCACCCUCGAGUCAUAUUUUCCAAGCACAGCAUGCCGUGCUGAUUGCGACCGGAAUCGGUGUCACACCGUUCGCCUCAAUCCUGCAAUCGAUCAUGCACCGUUACUGGAAGGCCCGACACUGUUGUCCCCGGUGUUCCUACGAAUGGUCCAGCGAGAUUCCACCGACCAUCAUGAACCUCCGCAAGGUGGAUUUCUUCUGGAUCAAUCGAGAUCAGCGAUCGUUCGAGUGGUUCGUCAAUCUACUGUCCCAGCUCGAGAUCGAACAGGCGGAACUAGGAGGAGCGAUGGAACGGUUCCUCGAGAUGCACAUGUAUAUCACAAGUGCGUUGCAAAAAACGGACAUGAAAGCGGUUGGAUUGCAGCUCGCGUUGGACCUGCUACAUGAGAAGGAAAAGCGCGAUCUGAUCACGGGCCUUAAAACGCGCACCAACGCCGGUCGUCCAAACUGGGACAAAGUAUUCAAACAAAUCCAGGACCAGAAGAAGGGUAAAGUGACGGUGUUUUAUUGUGGACCGCCACAACUUGCCAAAACUCUGCGCUACAAGUGCGACCAGUUUGGGUUCCAGUUCCGCAAGGAAGUGUUCUAGAUUGUUACAUCUGUUUUAUCGUACGCCUUUCAUCGUUGCUAUCGAAGUAUGUGUUUUCUUUUGAUACGAAUAUUAUUUAAUUUAUCGUUUUCGUCAAUGUGUUCUCUCCGUCGUACGGUUGCGACGGACAAUCGUUCUUGUUUUUGAAACUCAUUAAGAGUGUUAAUUUAUUCAUAGGACGCGUAAUAAGCAAGUCGUUCCGCAAAAAAAAAACUUUUAUAGUCAUGUAAAUGUGCACAAUUUACGAACAACACUGCCAACACUCUAGAUUCGUCACAAGACACCCAGCUAUAUUUAUUGUACUAGAAUAAAAAAUCAAUAAAGCCACAAGGCAUGAACGAA